UUCCGGUUUGACUGCAUCGAGUCGUGGCCGUGGACUUUGAUUGGAGAGCUGGCCGGAGAGACGCGACAGCGAGCGUUCUUGCACAACCCUUCAGCGUGAAGUUGCAACCAGCUGCUCCCACAUAACUUUUUGAAUGAACCGAUUGGAGACUGGAGUCAGAACCCCUAAAACACAAUGCACUUUUUAACUUCAGCUUUGUAAAAUUCAAGAGCUUUGUUUCAUUUUUUUUUUCAUUUAUAUAUAUAUUUUUUUCUUCAGAUUGCAUAAAUUUGUUCAACCCCUAUCAUUUGCACUUUCAGAAGCAACACGCCUCCGAAUACUAUUCAAGAUGAAGAUACCGCAACCGGUCUGGGUUUUUAUGCUCUCGCUGUCGGCCAUUCCAAUAACCUACACGGCAAACAACAUCCCUGCUUCUGAAGAUCCCAUCGCUAUACUGGGAAUUGGAGUGGCUGUACUGGUGGUGCUUUUUUUUCUGGUGUGCUUUGCCGCCCGCAGCAAUCCUCCACAAGACCCCCUCUUCUACAUGUUCACUGUUUUCUCGUUCACGUGCGUCAUUGAUCUGAUCAUCUCUCUGGAACAAGACGGCUUCAUCAGCGGCUUCAUGGACUUCUACAUCAAGGAGGGAGAGCCCUACCUGCGCACUCCUUAUGGGAGGAUGAUCUGUUACUGGGACGGCACGGUGCACUACGCUCUGUACCUCAUGAUGGUGACGAGGAUGUCAAAGAGACAGGGCUACCGCAGCGCUGGUCUCUACUGGCUGGGCUCCAUCCUUCUCAGCAUGUUCGUCUUCCUGGCCGGGAACAUAGUCGGUAAAUACGGCUCUGACAUCCGUCCUGCCUUCCUGCUGAACAUCCCCUUCCUCUUCCUGCCAGUGUGGGCGGGGAUGAAAGUGUCUGAGAAGCCCCGGACACUGACGCCCAGAACCGCCGCCGAGGUUGCUGUUGAACAGCAGAAGCUGCCUCAUCAGCGCCCCCUAGAUCUGCUCCUGCUCAUCUUCCUGCUCUCCGCCAUCGCGUACACACUCUUCAGAGGAUUCGUGGCCCUCGAUUGCCCUUUAGAGUCCUGCUUCAACUACAUCUACCAGUACGAGCCCUACCUGAAGGAUCCCGUAGCCUACCCCAAGGUCCAGAUGCUGGUGUAUCUGUUCUAUGCGUUGCCCCUGCUCUGUCUCUUUGUCUACGGGCUGCUGAAGCCUGGUUGCAGCUGGAUGCUGGACUGGACCCUCGUCUUCGCAGGAGCUGUAGCCCAGCCAGUGAUUGAUUAUUAGACAGCUCUCUCCACUCCAGGUUUGUAUGGUCCUGCAGGUUACUGAGCCCAGCCUGGUCAUGCGGAUUCAAGUCUUAGCUGAUCCAGCUUGACUCAAUAUAUGCAACACGUAUGUGUAACAUCGUCAUCCGGGUAUUUUAAUCGCAUUUGGGCCAAACAGUAGUGCUCCAUUGUUCAGUUUUAUUACACGCUCACUAGCUUUGAUCCCACAUCCCAGCAUGGGGACUGCGUCUGCUUUAAUACCAGCACCUCUACUCCGAGUGAGAGCAGGGCUGCUUUGGAGACAGGCCUGCAUGAUCAGAUGACCCUGGCGAAGAAGGAUCUUCGCUUCAUCCAGUUCAUCAUUUUGAGAUUAUUUUACAACCCCCCCUAUUAAGCAUUCCAGUCUAUCAAGGUUCCAGGUUAUAAGCCUGGAAAUUCGAAUGUAACUUUCUCUUUUGCUGCAGUACAGCAUUCAUCCCCCUGGAUGGAACUGUCUCUGAUGCCUAAAAAUAAAAAUAAAUUUGGAAGUGUCAUUUUAGCAAGGUGGGUCUACCUACAAUAGGAGGUUAUAGAUGAUAUAGUUUAGUAAGACACACCUGAGCUUGUUACCUUUACACUGUGGCUAAUGAAGCUCGUAUUCAAAUCUGGACUGGCUGAAACUGCUAUGCAAUAGGAGUCUUAUUCCCGUCUGUCUUCUAGCUCUGAAAGCAUAACAUACAAUCUAAAAACUCACUUUGUUCCUCUUGUCGCUUGCG